AUGGCGCACCGGAAUCCCCUCAAGAUCGGAAACAAGUUGAAGCGACAAUCACACCAGCUUAAGCUGAAGAAAGAGAAGGAAAAUGUCAAGCGCGACGAUCGAAUGCGCCGGAGAAGACAUGAGGACAAGAACCCGGGAUUGAGAGAGGAACGAUUAGCAAAAUUUGUGCCUGCGACGAUUGACAACAAACGAGUGUGGGAUGAGGUGGACUCUGGCGACGAGGGCGAUGCGCGGUUAGGACUCAGUGUCAACAUCCUGGACCCGAAGCGAAGAAAGCUGGAGAGUGUUGCAGGCGAUGCGGUGGAUGAUGAGGUCGAGGAUGUUGCUGAGCCUGCAGAGGUGGAGGGUGCAGCGGCAGACGAGGAGGAUGACAGAGACAGUAUGCUUGACACGGACUCGGAAGAAGAGAAGGAAGACGAGGACGAAGACGAGGACAACGAGCUGGUCCAGUCUCCCGCUCGAGCCCCCAGCGAAGCACCUUCCGCUGCGACCGCCGCAACAGACCUCACAGUACGACCCGAAGCUCUAAAAGCAAAGUUCCCGUCUCUCUUCCAAGACGUCGAACGAGAACCAAAAGUCCUGAUAACAACAUCAAUAAAUUCCACCCUCCACAACGAAGCCGAGCUCCUCACACAACUCUUCCCGAACUCCAACUACAUCCGCCGAACCGCCCACUUCCACAGCUACAAAUACUCCGUCCGAGAAAUCGCAGCCUACGCCUCCUCCGAAGACGCCGGCUACACCCACCUCGUGAUCCUCAACGAGGACCUCAAAAAGCCCAAGGGCAUCGACAUCGUGCACCUCCCCACAGGUCCCAUGUUCCACUUCAGCAUCUCCAACUGGAUCCCCGGCGCGCGGAUACCAGGCCAUGGGAAUCCCACAAAUCACUACCCCGAACUCAUUCUCAACGGCUUUCGCACCCCUCUCGGAGUCGUCACCGCCCAUCUCUUCAAGUCCCUAUUCCCUCCCCAUCCAGAAAUACAAGGUCGACAAGUCGUGACGCUACACAACCAGAGAGAUUACAUCUUCAUGCGGCGGCAUCGAUACGUGUUUCGGGACAAGAAAGGCACGGAGAAGAGCAUACAGGGUACAGACGGGAAAUUGAUGAAAGGCGUGGAAGACAUACGCGCGGGAUUGCAGGAGCUGGGGCCGAGGUUUACGAUGAAGUUGAGGAGAGUGGAUAAGGGUAUUCAAAGGGCGAGUGGGCAGGAAUGGGAGUGGAAGGCACAUGAUGAGAAGGUCCGGACCAGAUUCAGCUUGUAGAUAUGCUGUAUCACAAUUUG